UGCGGUGCCAUGCGCCCUGGUGAGGAGAGAAGAAAGUCAUUUGCCGCUUUGUUUCAACCCGGUCAUACCAUAUGAGCUCCAAAAACGAGGCAAAUCACGGAUGUGUUAAUAUCGUGGACUCAACGGAUGCUCCUGGACAUUGUAAACCCGAGUUAGCCUCUCUUGCUCCUCCAAGCACUUUCUAUGGGAUGGGCUAUAUUCAUAACGUCAUUUCAUUCCUCCCUCUUUUUCAUUUUCUCUUUCUUUGAUUCUUUCUCCCACCAUUUCCUAAAUGGAACAGAUUGCACCACCCCACGCGUUCUCUUGCCAGCAAAGUUUGAUUUCAGACUUGUAUACAGUUCGCGUGUUUCUUUUUUUACGCGUCCCUUGACUUUUGGACGGCAGACACUUUAACGGACUUGAAGUGGAAGUCAGAGGUGGCAGCGGUGGAAGUGUUAAUCAUGAUGAGGCUUACCAUGAUUAACUGUGAAAAAUGAUCCAGUAACUGGUCGGUGUUUUGCCACUUUUCUAAUCACGCGCUCCCUUUCAACAUGAUGUACUCUCCUCUCAGUUUAACUCAGGAUGAAUUCCAUCCAUUCAUUGAGGCGCUGCUGCCGCAUGUGCGUGCCUUCGCCUACACCUGGUUCAACCUGCAAGCCCGCAAGCGCAAAUAUUUUAAAAAGCAUGAGAAACGGAUGACCAAGGACGAGGAGCGCGCCGUCAAAGACGAACUCCUGGGUGAAAAGGCAGAGGUCAAACAGAAGUGGGCGUCACGCCUCCUUGCCAAGCUCCGCAAAGACAUACGGCCAGAGUGUCGGGAGGACUUUGUGCUGUCCAUCACAGGGAAAAAGCAACCAUGUUGCGUCCUCUCAAAUCCGGACCAGAAGGGGAAGAUGAGGCGCAUAGAUUGUCUGAGACAGGCAGAUAAAGUCUGGCGUCUGGACCUGGUGAUGGUGAUUCUGUUCAAGGGCAUCCCACUGGAGAGCACAGACGGGGAGCGACUGAUCAAAGGUGGCCACUGUUCAAAUCCUAUCCUAUGCGUUCAGCCCCAUCACAUCAGCGUGUCCGUCAAAGAGCUAGACCUCUACCUCGCCUACUUCGUGCAGGAGAGAGAGGCAGAACAGAGCAGCAGUCCUCGCACAGGCAUCGGUUCAGAUCAGGAGGACAGUCGAGCAGCCACCGUGGAUGCUCCAGAGUUUCAAGAGAGCUUUGUUACUUCGGGAGUCUUCAGUGUAACAGAGUUGGUGCAAGUAUCAAGAACACCGGUGGUGACGGGUACAGGGCCGAACUUCUCUCUCGGAGAGCUGCAAGGGCAUCUUGCUUACGAUUUGAAUCCUUCAGGUGUAGGAAUGAGAAGAACCCUACCCAGCACCUCCUCUAGUGGAAGUAAGAGACACAAGUCAGGAUCCAUGGAGGACGAUAUAGAUACCAGCCCAGGGGGCGAGUACUACACCUCUCCCAACUCGCCGGCCAGCAGUUCACGCAACUGGCCGGAGGACAUGGAAGGAGGAAUCUCCCCUACUGUUAAGAAGACAGAGAUGGAUAGUCCAUCUCCUCAGGAGAGCUCACCACGCCUCGGCUUCACACAGCACCACAGACCUGUCAUUGCCGUGCACAGCGGUAUCUCUCGGAGUCCACAUCCCUCCUCGUCUCUGCAUUUCGGUGGCCCCUUACUCCCCCAGACUGCCUCUACUUACUUCCCACACACGGCCAUCCGGUACCCCCCGCACCUCAGCUCUCAAGAUCCGCUCAAGGACCUGGUUUCUCUGGCCUGUGACCCUUCCAAUCAACAGCCCAGCCCGCUGAAUGGCAGUGGUCAGGUGAAGGUAUCCAGUCACUACAUCUCCUCUCAGAUGCUGGCCCCCCCGCCUCCCCCUGGCCUGCCCCGACUGACGCUACCCCCCGAGUCCAAACCCAGCACCACUUCUGCAGAUGCAGGCGCCAGCUCACCCACCUCCCCCACAUACUCUGCUCCCGGGACGCCACCUGCCAACCGCUCCUUCGUAGGAAUUGGAUCUCGAGACCCUGCCAGUCUUUACCAGGCACAGUCCUGGUAUCUGGGGAACUGAUAAACCCACACACACUGACAAACUCGAGAAGGCACGGACAUGGAUUCGAGAUUCAAACAUUUUUUUUGUGGAAUUUACAAAAAAACUAAUUGUGAACAAGAUGCAAGCGGGAAAAUCAGAUAUAUAUGCAAUAUAUUGUAUAUAUACACACACAUAUAUAAAUAUACACAAUAUGUGUGUAUAGAUAUAUGUGCACACAUAUUUAUAUAUGCAUAACAACGUAUAAGAUGCUUCAAUACACUUUUUUGAAAAUACAAUGGAAACGGAGAAGAACGUAAGAGAGAAAGGCCAUAGAUGGAACGGAAGAAAAGGAGAGAAACGAGGAGAGAUUAAACAAGGAUGUUUUUUUUUCUGGAGGGCGCAGCCUGAACUAUAGCGUACAUUCACGGACAUAUAGAAAGGGCCCAUCCUGACUCCCUGCCUCAUGGAAUGCCUCUCCUCAACCCCCUCCUUCUGCUACAGGUGCAGCUUCCUCCUAUAUGCAAAACAAGUAUCCUUUAUUUUCUUAACAAACAAGAAAGAGACAACCUAGAGGAAGGGGUUUUCCGCUAGAAUUUUGCCACAGGUUUGGAGGUGAGCACGGUCUGCUUUUAUUUUCUUUUUUAAGUGUGCUGAAUUUCGGGCAACAUGAAGCAGAAAAAGAAACAAAAAGGUUUCGACGGGUCGAUGCUUCCGUUCACAUUUUGACAAGGAGCACGAAAAGGCUACUUUUCAUCCAAUUUUAUUGACAAUCAUGUAUCUGCGUCCUUGAUUUUGUUCUGAGGGUGAUAUUUUCUAAAUCGCAUUCUCUACCAUUUAUAACGGAGUCCACUUUUUGGUGGAAGCCUGUCAUGUUUUUGUAUGUCGGAGGAUGAUUAGUGAUACCUCUGUGACAUUAUACAUUACAGUCAGAGAUUAUACACACAUACAUACACACACACACACACACACACACACACACACUUAUGUACAAACACACCUAUAUAAAGGCUUCAGAGCAAUGGCAUGUACUGUUAAAUGCUACACUAGGUGUGUGUGAGCUGUAAUACAGCCUUCAUAUGAUGAACCAGGGAAUACUGGGGUAAAUUAGCACCUUCUCUUCGCAAUAUGUAAGCCCCGUAUUUCCUGGACUCUGCUGUAAGUGUGUGUUUGUGUGUGCCUGUGUUUGAUUCAUUCACAUUGGUAGUCCCUUAUUCAUCUCUGUGACUUCACAGAAUAGGGUUUUUGAUUCAUGUAGAUAAGUGGAUAUUUUUCCACAGAGUGACAAAGGGAGUUGAAAUAUAGUUCUGUCACUACUAAGACAGUAUUGGGUAUAGAGGAUAGUUUUUUCUCUCUCUAUGUGUAACUUGUUUAAAUGCAUUGGAAAUUACAGGCAUUGCACUACUUUGAAUUUUUUAUUUUUCCUUGUUGGCAAAAUCCCUUUUGGCCUAAUCACAUGGAAUGCUGCAAGUCGAAGAUAUUUAAUUUUUUUUUUGUCAUGUUCUGAUCGCAGGGUAGAUGAGGGUUGGUUUCCUAUUAGCUAAGGAGCUGAUCAGAACAAUCCAACAUUUUUAUGUAUAAGUCAUUUACACGGAUCUUGUAAAUGUCUCCAUGUUUAUGUGAUUACUUUUUUUUUAACGAUUCUCAUGGUUUAGGCGUGCUAUACAUACAGUGUAAUUUAAGACAAAAGUAAACAAGCAGGCUAUCCUUUUCCACAUGUUUCUAUUGCAGGAAACUUAUUUUUAUUUUUAAGCAAAUUAUACACAAUCUGUAGGAAUGUCAGUGAUUUGGAUAUUUGAUGCACAGCAGUAAGGCUAGGGCUAUAAUGUUCUACAAUGACUGUAAGAAAAGAAAACCAGUCUGUGACUGUGCUGCCCAGUUUGUUGGGAGGUGGCUUCCAGUCUCCAAUGGCUGGUUGGUGACUUGGUUGCUUGAGAAAUGGGUUGAAUCAAUGUGUUGAUUUGUUCUAAUGAAAUAACAUCAGGGCUUACUCUGCAACGCUACCGAAUCCAAAUCAUGAAGCCAUGAAAAGUGCCUGAGACAUUGCAAGAUUUUCAUUUGAAUUCUUUUUUUAUGAAAAUGUUUUGUGCUUUUUUAAGACUUGGAAGUUUGCUUCAUCUACUUUGGGUUGUUGUAGACAUAGACGGGUGGUUUUUUACACCCAGGGAGAAAUUUGAAUGACCUAGCAAGCCCCCAAGCCUUAUCAGCUGUACUUAGCAUGGGCUAAAACUUCAGAAACACAGACGGCUAUGGAAAUCAAAAUACACACAUUUUACCCCCUUGUAAUCUGCCGGAACAUGACAAAAUCAAUACAUAUGAGAGCUUCAAUAGGUACCCACUCAAAUACAUACAUUGAUAAAGAAUAAUAUCCACACACUCCUGAUGCUUAAGCUAACCUUUUAUAUGGCUUUGCAUACAAAUUUUGUUGAGUUGACCAUAGUGAGACCCAGAAUACAUACAACAUGACUUGUUUUAAUGGUGCUGAUAUGAAAAUUACAUGGAAAUCUCUAUAUAUGAAUUAUAUAUAACUGCAUGGUGCUUUCUGAAGUAAAAUCAUGAGAAUUAAGCUCAAACAACCACCAUAUCACUGACAUGGGCGCAUGGCAGAUAAUCUUAGUAUUAACUCUGAAGCUAAAUGCUCCCCAACUUCCAAUGACACGGAUGGAUAUUACCUUUGUACCACAUUGGUUUUGAAUUUUAUCCAACGAUCCAUUUUCUAUUUUGCACGAUAUUUUAUAAAGCAUAUUAUGUGCCUUGCCUUUAGUUAAGAAAAAUAAUACAUCAUUUUAAAGUUUAUUAAUUUGUCUAUUUUGAUGUAACCAGUUUCACAGAGGAAAAAAAUGCUGCAUGUUUAACUGCCUGUCAUGAUCAGAUUAAGACUAACAGGUUACCCAUUAGCUGUUGUUUCAGAUAGGUGAUAUAGGCUUAUUUUAUCUUCUUUCUUCAUUUAAAGCACUGUAGAUGUAUUCCCAUGGCUUGAAAUCCUCCCUACAUUUUAACAUUUUGUUAACAUUUGAUUUUUCUCAAGUCAUUAGUGUAAUAAGGAAGUGACAAAAUCUCAAAGUCUCUCCAUAUCAGCUCUGAGCUGAUUUUUUGAUUCCCUGUUCAUUUUUAGGGUUGUAAUGAUUGCUAUCUUAUAGUGUAUGUUAUCUUGUGUCUCAAUGUCACAACAGAGUUUUUACCCAUGACAGAAGUGACGAGGAGUUUCCAGAUUGUUUUUCUUCAGAGAGUCAAAUUUACAUAUCUUUUACAUUAUUUCAUUACACUUAAAGGUUCAGUUCACCACAAAAUCUUAAAUGUCAAAUUUACUCACUCUUGGACUCAUAUGACUUGCUUUCAUCUGUGGAACACAAAAUUAGAUACUUAACAAUGAUUGUUGCAAUCCCUGAUUUCCAUACAAUGCCAGGUGAUAGUGACUCACUUUAAAGUUUAAAAAAAGCAUCCACAAGUGUCAUAAAAGUGGUCCAUGUGACUCGUGUAUAAUAUUCCAAGUCUUCUGAAGGCAAACUACGACAUGAGGGUGAGUAAAUGAUAACAGAAUUUAAAUUUUUGGGUGAACUAUCCCUUUAAGACCUAGGUGCAUUUGGUCUAAAAUGUUAACUUGUGAUGGUUCUAUAACACUGGCUGCAAUAGAAUGUACAGUAAUGUGUGACCGAUUAUUUCUUUAAUUAGUGAUUAAGUUGUUUUGACUAACCAAGUCCUUUGUAUAUCUCCAUACAUUAAUUGUAGAACACAUAAAUAUAGAGAUUAGAUUAAAUGUAUUUGUCCAAUUCAGUGUAUAGACACAAGAAAAGCAAAAUAACUGCUGACUUUGUGUCUUAGAAAAUGAGUUAAUACACCAGGAUGCUUCUUCUUCUUUUUAAGAAAAUUAUAUAGUAGGAGAUCAUUUAUAAUUUCGUACAGAUAUGUCAGGGGAGUAUAAUGCAGAAGAGAAGAUAUUAUGUAUUUUUGGAGCUGGAUCAGGAAAGGCCAUGUAGUAGUUUGUGAUGCAGUGUACAGUAUUGUUUCUGCAAUGGAUAUUUCAAUGCUGGUAGCUAAUACAAUUUGCUGGUAGCUAUUUAAGUUUAAGUUGAAUGACAAAGAAUGCCCAUUGUAAGAUCUUGGCGCAAGAGAUUUGUGAGCCCACCUUUUGUCACCCUGGUUGAAUUGGAGUGCUAAAUGCAUAUUGGCAUUCCAUCUUUCCCAUGAUCCAAACUUUUGCAGAAGUGCUAGCCUCAUUCAGCAAGCAAUUUUCCUUGUGUUUAACUGGACAGGCGAUGGGGCCAGGGGUCUGCCUUGGAGUUGAGAUUGAUUGCACAAUUACUGUGAAUAAACUGUGAUUCUGGGUCUGAUUAACCCUGUUGCAUCCUCAGUUAUGACAACAUGUAAUUGAUGAAUGAAAAGGAACAAUAUUGGAAUCAUUUCAUGCAAAUGCAUGAUUCUUUAUUAUUCUGACAUUUUUGGCAAACUCCUUCCAUUUUUCAUCAUUAAAAAAGUUUUGAUUGUACUUUUGAAAAAUAUGUACACUCACAUGAGAUGGAAGAUGUCUAAUUAGUCAUAUCAGUAGCUUAAUAAAAGCUGCUUUAUUUUAAAUGGAUCUGGCCUUCCUCAUGAUUCUGAGAUCACAUGGCCAGCUGAAUACUACUAAUUUUAUCUCAGUAACCCCUUUUUCAUCAGACACUUUUGUUCACAGAAUAAUUUAACCAUGGCAAACUGUGAAAAUGCAUUUCUACAAUGGCAUCAGCAACUGAAUGCCUUUGCUUUUGCUGAUGCUGCAUUUGUGUCUAGAUGUCAGUAUAAGUCCAUAAUGACAUAAACAAAAAAAUACUAUGUGCACCUUUAAACAUUAAAAUAUAAAUGUUUUCAGGGCCCUCCAAUCAGUCUUAGCCCCAGUCUAGUUGAAGCAACUCUCCAGUUUAGACUUGCACAGCCCACCGCCUGUCCUGUGAAGAUUUGCACUGCACCAUUUUCAUCUUUCUAAAGCUGUCAAUACUCUGGCCAGGGUGACAUUGUGGGCUCAGUAGAACAGGGGUCUGAUCAUGGUUUUGCCAGCACAGGGGCUCUGGAGAGAGCUCUGUAAGCAUGCCGUCUUUUUCUGUGUUUGCUUUUUGUAUUCAAUAAAUUUAGCUACACAAGACAGACAAGUCGAAACACUUCACAAGAACGGGUCGUAACCCCUAAUGUGUGCUUUUUAAAGUGGCCACAGGUGAUGAUUGAACUUGCUGUGACAUUGAUGAUGCAUUUGAGCUGAUGCAUGUAAAAAAUAAAUGUAUUUCACAGUUUUAUUUCGAAACCCUUGACUAAUAUUUUUAUAGAGCUGUGAUUUAUCAUUUUUAUGCUUAUUGAAAUUUCGAACACAGUUAUCUUGUGUAUAAAUGCUUACCGUAUAUCAAGUAGAGGAGGGAGGGGGUUUCACUGUACAUAAAACGUUCUUUUUGUAUGAGAAAAAUAUGUUUUUGUUUGUAUGUUUGGAUUUAGUAGUCAUAAGCUUGUGGCUAAGCCACAGAAUAAUUUGAAAGCUCCUUCUAAAGGAUCUGCUGUUGGAAAGUAUAAUAUUACCACACACUUUCACACAGUUAAAAGGUUUUAUAUUGCUCAGAAAAUACAGGCUCCAGUAUAUUCAGCAUCACUUGUCGUCAUUUUAAACAGAGCCAACAUCUUCACCAAGCCUUGAGAGGUUUUAUGCUGAUAACAUUGCCACUUUUCUUUUUGUAAUCUUUGAGUUAUUUUAAAGUUCUGCACUUAUUUUGUUAUUUUCACGCAAGCUUCAUAAUCUUCAAACCCACUUUUUUUUUCCUGUACUUUUAUUUGGAAGAGUGCACUAGAUAAUCUGGUUGUGAAACAUAGUCUAAUAAUACUUCUUUUUUAAUAGUUGCUUCUCUGUGGAUAUUUCUCAGCCUUCGUAUAUCAUGAUGCACAGAGACUAAGUAUGAGAAUGCAAGAAAGCGAGAGAGAUCUCAGCUGCUUGAUUGGCACCCUUUUGUGUUUGCCUUUUAUGUCAUUUAUAUGAUUCAUUAAUUUGUGUAAUAAAUUUACCCUUUUAAGACACUGAAAUCAUGCCAGCUUUCUAAACUCGCUGAAUCCAUGAGAGCUGGUUUCUUUCUGGUCCAAGCUGGUUAUCAGCUGGUUCAAUCUUCUCAUUUGCUGGACGACCAGCCACCAUCGACUAGUAUGUAUGACCACCUGGUAGCGUGUUUGUAGCUGGUCCGAGAUGCUCUUAUUUUUUAUUAUUUAUAUCUUUAUUUUACCAGGUUAGUCUCUUAAGAUUAAAAUAUCUUUUCCACGUGAGACCUGGUCUACCAGCUUGGACCGUUAUGUUUCAAACCUCUGAGGUCAGCCAUAUUGGAUUAUUGGGGUUAAGGCAUGUGUAGACAUUUUCUUGAACCACCUUCUGACAAUCAGUUGCAUUACCUCGUUUGAUUGAUAGUUAUAUGCAGCAGUGUGAAUGAACAGAACUAUAUAUACUAGCAGGAUGUGAAACCUCACUCUUCCUGUGCCUUCCUGGAUUCAACCUAGAGCUGAAUGUUCAAACGCAGUGCUUCGGUUGACCCAGGCACCUGUUGCAGAUAUGAGGUAGUAGACAGGAUGUGGGUUUACAGUAUGUGACCUGUUGUGGCGUGAUCUUCCACUGUUUCGGUAAGAUAUUCAUACCUGUAUUUAGCAGAAUUGACGUAAUGUGCUUGCUUGCAUCACUGAAAAGAUUGUUUCCAAUUCCAAGGUCCAGGCACUUUAAUUAGUUAAUGACACGUGUAAUUCUACUGAAUAGAAUGUUAAAUGUUCAAUUGCAUAUAAUGCUUGUUUUCAUAGUCCAGUUUUCCUACUUUACAUUCACCCAUUGGCAUAAAAAGGAUUUGAGGGAAUUCAACGUGCUUGAGUGUUUCACUGUAAUGUUUCCUUUUGUGGUUGGUGUCAUUGAAAGCUUGCAAUAUCAUAAAGUUUGCAUGGGUGAGGUAGAUAUAAAUUGUAAACUUGUGCCCAGAUCUUUGCUACUUCUCUUCUCAGUAAGGGCUGGCAACCUCUUCAGGGAUGAGGCACUAGAAUACAGUUGCUGCAUAUUUCUUCCUUAAUUCCAUUUUCAUUCUAGUGACAUCAAUUGAUACAUGGCAUGUUUAAUAUCGGAAACAGCUUGUGAAUUUAAAAUGUAUUGCACUGAUGGGUGAUGUGCAGUUAUGUCAGUCUGCAAUGGUUUGCAACCCUGGAUAACAGCUCAAUCAAGCUUUUUAGUUUAAAAUCAAACUAGUAGUGAAACACUAAGAGUAAUUUUGAAAUGAUCUGAAACUUUGUAACAUCAGCUAUGCAACUUGGCCUAUUACUGAAAUCUUUGUGCAACAAAUUUUCUUAUACUUCAAAAUUGGCCUUUAUGCAAAGCAGAUCUAAUAUUUAAGGGAUAGUUCACCCAAAAAAUGUUAAUUCUCUCAUCAUUUACUCACCCCCAUGCCAUCCCAGAUGUGAUUUUUAUAAAAAUAAAUUCUUCUUCUUUUUUCUAUUGAACACAAAUGAAGAUUUUAAGAAAAAUAUCUCUGUAGGUCCAUACAAUACAAGUGAAUUGUGACCAGAACUUUGA